AUGGAUCUCAACAUCAAGCAGAGUGGGAUCCAUUCCUGCAUCCUUCAGAACAACUAUUUUUCAAACCGAUCUGGGAAAGUUUAUAAGGUGAAUUUUUUUGCUUUGAAUGAAUUUUUUGUUCCAGAAAUGUACUGAACGUUAUUUGAGAAGCGAUAUAUCUUGCGGGUUAAGCAAAUGCAUCGCCUGCGCCGACUAUGGAAAGAAUCCAGUUAUUUGAACUUCAAUUUUUGAUUUGACGACCAAUUUUCAGAUUUUCAAAGCGCCCAGCCUUGUCAGUCAUAACAAAUACAACGAGAACAGUGUUUUGAUUGUCGAUGCGCCUUCUUUCAUUCGAUUCUAUGAUAUUUUCAGUUCUCCAUUGUUCAGGUUUUGAAAAAUAACUCAUUUAAAAAAUGGUUAUUUUCAGCAAUGUGAUCGUUACUCAAACGGUUUGGGAAAGUGUGAGGGCCAAGUCGAUACCGGCUUAUAAGAAGAUGAACAGUUUGUGUUACGAUGAAGCCACGGAUCGAUUUCACGUUUUUAUGAACGAGUUUCAUCAUGAGACUUUCUCGGAAACGACAAAAAUUGAAGGGCUCAGCAGGUUUUGUUUUGAUUUCUUGUUGCAAGGGAACUUUUUCAAUCUAUUAGUUGACAUUUUGGAGGAAUUUUAUUGUUAGGAGUUUUUCUCUUGGUUUGGAGAUCCUAAACUACGCUUUCCUCGGAAAGUUCAACAGGGAGAAGAAACAGUUCUUUUUUUUCAAGGUGUUAAAAUUUUGAGAAAUGUUUCAUUUUGAAUUUUUAAGAGGCGAAGAACUUCUGGCGGUCGUGGCCACUUAUUUGAAAGAGCACUGGGCCAAGUAUAACGUUAAACCAGUGAUCGCCUGUUCUGAGGAAACUUCGGCCCAAAGACUUUCUCAACACUAUGAAUUCGUUACGGACCUUCGUUCUUAUGUUCAAGGUUUGUUUUGAAUUUUAGAAAAUUUCUGCUAAAUUUCAAUUUUUAGGUAUCGAUAGCGUAGACCGUCAAGGUAUUCUGGAUCAAAUGGCUGCUUAUGAGUCCUCGAGUGCCAAUUCCGAAAAGAAUAUUUACGAUGUUGGUGAACGUAAAAGAAUAUUUCUCGAAAAAAACUUCCAAAAUAUUCAUUUUGAAACCUUAAAAAAAGAAACCUUCUUCAAAUAUUGGAAGGGAUAUGGGAGUUUUGAAACAUGUUCCGUUUCCCAUUGAAAAAACGAUACAGAAAUUGUCUUUGCCUUUUUUCUAGUUUUUUUUCUGUAUAUCUAAGUGAAAUUUACAGCAAAGUGUGUCGAAACUUAGAAAUUGAUAGUUUUGCGCCGAGAUUUUUGAAAAGUCGUUUCGAAAACAUUUUUGAAGCCUCAUGCUUUGUGGAAAGAAAAUUAUUCUCAUAUUUUUCAGGAGUAUCUUUCGCACGAGAAAAAUUAUGGAAGGAAUCGGCAAGGGAACCAUCAAGAAAGGAUCCUUCAGUGUCAGUGGAUGUCUUUUUUAUUCACAACAUUUUUUUGUUCAUUUUUUCAAAGGGUCAUGGGCAAAAAUUGAAAACUGGAGACACAGAAGGUUGUACUGAAAGUUCGUGGAAGAUUUAAAAAAAAACUGGAAAGAUUCCUCUAGAAAAUUCGUUUACCUUUCGUUGAGGUGCUGAAUAAUGGGAUUUUCAUUUUUCAUUUAUCUUUCGUCUAACCAGGGAAUGGUCUCCAGUCGCCGUGGGAAUUCUGCAUGAGAUCAGAUUUUCAAGUUUUUCACGCUGAUUUUGAAUCCGGUCUCAAAAACUGCCGACGAGAUCUGUAAAAAAUGUUAGGGGCUCUCAAAAGUCGAAAUUUUCCGAUUCAGCUCAUUUUUAGAAGGUGGAAAUUUUCUCCUCUUCUCGUAAGCUUUCAUUAACCGAUUUUUUAGUGACAACUUUUCCUUGUGGAUCCAAAGGUCGCCAUAUUUGGUUUUUCCAGGUUUCAAGGGAAAACUACAGAGAAGCGUCGGUGAUCAUCGACGAACAGUUGACGUCGUGGUUCAUCACCGGCAUGAACUGCAACAGGGCCGUGAAUGGCGAUAUUGUGGCUGUUCAGCUGUUGCCCGAGUCUCAGUGGACUGCGCCAGAAAAGGUGUUGGGAAAUGAAAAUAGUUGAAUGAUCAUAGAUAAAUUCUAGGGAAUUGAUUGAAAGUUACUAGGAGAUCUGAAGCCAUAUUUUUUUCAGAAAUUUUUGUGGAAACUUGAGAGAAAUCCAAAAAAAUCCGAAGGAAACUUUUUCUUCUUCAAUAUUUUUACUUGCAGAAAAAAACUUUUCUAAAUUUGACUAACAUAACGAAAAUUUUUUUCUUAUGCUACUUUUUAAAGUAGAAAUCCCAAAAAAUUUUCAUGAUUUUCAUGAAGUUCAAGUUUUUUCACUUUUUAAGAAAAAUUAAUUAGUUUUUCAAAAUAUUAUUGAUGGCUUAUUUUGUAAAAAUACCUACUUAUGUACGCUCAGAACAAGUUUUCUGAACUUUCAACGAAAAAAACGGCCAUUCAAUUUAUAUGAACUUACUCCUGUUUGUUACUCUAACAAUUCCUAUAAGAUCUUUUUUUGAAUUUCGUUUUUUCUGCUGCUUUCACAGAAUUCUUGAAACUUGUGAUUCAGAAAAUCCGAUUACGUGACGUUGAAGAAUAUGUGAGUACUGCUGACGACAUGGCGGCCGAAGAAGACGAAAAUAUGGAGGAUUUCGACGGCGAACCGAGAAGCAAAAGAUCGAAAAGAUCCGUUGUACCCACUGCUAAGGUUCUUCUUGAUUCUCAAUUUUCGUCCGGGAAUUCAUGUCUUGAUUAUCUGAGAAUCUGAUUGUGAGCAUAUCUCAAAACCACGGCGUUUUUUUCGGUACGUCAGUCGAAACGUUCCGUGAAUUACGGUAGUUAUGGUGUAGACACACCGGGACGCAUUAUCGCAUACUCCAAAAAUGUUUUUUUCAAUUUUUAAAUUUUUGGGCAUGCAGGAAAGUGCGCGCUGUGCGCACUUUCCUGCAUGCCCAAAAAUGCGCACUCUUUUUUCAAAUUUUGUACAGGAAAUUGCGCUCUCUUUCUAACAACAGGAAAAUGCGCACGGUUAUCAAAUCCUGUUCUUUCGAUUAUUUGAAGUUGAUAUAACUGAUUUUUUUCAGAAUUCAUCUUUUUUUCAAUAAUAAUACCAGGCGGUCACUAGACUGGUCAGACUGAUUUACCUUUCACGUGAUAAUGUGUUUUUUAAAUUUUUGGAAUGUUAUUUUCCGAAGAAAGCCACAGUCGGCGUUUAUAGUUUGUUCAGAAUUUGAAUGUCAAGUCAUCGGUCGAACUCCGCCUCUUAUGUGUAGAUCAAAACCAAUCAGAGAACGAGCCACUCACAGGCUUUGUUUGGGGCAGAGAUUGCUGCUUGAAACUCAAAACAUGGACAAACUAUAUUAUAAAGGGAAAUAUGUGAAAUACAAAUCGAAAGGACCUUUUCGAGGUUCAAAAAUAUUUCUGAAGAAAAAUUUACAGGGUGAUGAAUAAUUACUGCGACAAAAUGAAGGAGCUGUCAAUAUGUCAAUUGUCAAUAGUCAAUAAAGACCGGAAACUCACAAUUAUUUUUUUAUAAAGUUUUACAGGGAUUUAAUCAAAAAAAUUAACAUGAACUGCCGCUCGAAAAUGUAGUGGCACUCCAAUUGACUGCGGUACGCAGAUGGUCGAAAUCAGUUUUUGUUUUUGAGCAGAACGGCCAAAAGUCAGUAGGCAAACUGGUGUGUACUGUUACAAGAGGCACAUUGAAGUUUCUCAGAAAUUUUGGAGUCAAUGGGAUAACAGAAAAAGCACAAAACUCCAUUCUUCUAACCGGAUAAGACCUUUUUCGAUAAGGACUCGAAAAUUGGUUUUGAGCUGACUAGGGAACUACGCGAACUCGCAUUCAAGGAUCGAGUUCAAACUUUGGUGGCUUAUAGACCCGGGUAAAAAGUACUUGGAAACAAGAGAGAUUAUCUGCUAAAUCCUAUAGACUUCUGAGAAAAACUAUUUUUUUGAAAAUGAACAGUUUAGGCUUGAAAACUAUCAAAUUUUUUUGCUUUCCUCCUUCUUUUGGCUGGAAAAAAAGUUUUUUUAGUGUUUAUCAUAGCCGGAUCAUUCAAGGCGAUUUUUAUUAAAAUAUUAAAUAAGGUAAAAAAAGCAGUAUUCUGAAAAAUUUUCAGGUCUAAUUUUUCACAUUUUCUACUAAUUUUUUUCUCAGUUCUCUAUUGGGUUUAGCAGAUAUUCUCACUUGUUUUCAAGUGUUUUUCACUUAGGUCUAUAAACCACUAAAGUUUGAACUCGAUCCGCGUACCCGAGUCCGAGUAGUUCCCUAGUAAGUAAGGGUACUUAAAAACAGGCAAUACUAUCUGCUAAACCCCAUAAGGUACUGAGAAAAAAGGUACACACCUUUCAAAUUAUCUUGUUUACUGCUCUCUGAGUUGACCUCAUCUCUUACAAAGACUAGCUAUAUCUGAGCUAUCUCGGAGGUACUUUAGAGUCUCCCUCAAGUCUAUCUCAUUUUGCUCAAAGUCCUCAGAGGUAUACUUGGGUUACCAUCGAUAGGCUUCAGACCCUGCGAUAUGCCUCAGAGGGUCUCGCGAUACCCUUUUUUUCUCUAUUUUUUUCGGAAAAACAAUUCCUUCAAUUUUUGCGACUUCUUUUAAUUGCUUACAUAGACGUGAAUCGUUAUCAAUUUCGAGAAUCGAAACCUUAAAAGUACGUUCAAAUUGAGCUUCAGGGCGACCUUAUCGAAUAAUUUCUGAACGUCGCAAUAAACUCCCUCUCAUACGGCCUUGAUGCGUAAUGAAGUAACUUUGAGUCAAGAUUCCAGUGUUGUACUUGGCUGUAAAAAUCACUGAAAAAAAUUUUUUUGGUGGUUCGGCCCGGCCCAAAAAAAGCUCAAAUUUUUCUUCAUUUCGAAUUUUUUUAGCUGUUUUAACGAGAAAAGCAGGGGUUUUUUGCUUAUUUUUUUCUUCAUUGAGUUAUUAAAAAAAUGUGAUUCAACAUGUAAAAAAAUAUUUUUUUCGGUGAAAAUGUUUUUUUAAUGAAAUAAAAAAAGUUUCUUGAAUCUCUGGCCCUGAGCCCGCGCUUUUUCGAAAUUAAAAAUCAAGUCCUAGGGGGCUUUAGGCCUUCAUAGCCAAAGCCUGCCUGCCUUGCCAUAAACGCCCAAAAAGGCAGAAACGACUUUUCCGAAAGUCAGCGUGGCAUCAUCAUAUUAUAGAAGAAGGCUUGAUGAAGGUAGGAAUAAUGACUGGAACAAAAAUGAGCUCGGGUCGGCGAGAGCAAAUGCUAAAAAACUUUUGUCGCAGUAAUUAUUCCUCCACUCUGUAUUGUUUAAUGUUAUCAGAUGGAAAAGAUCUGUAUAUUUUGAGAGCAUCUCACUUUUUAGCAGAUUUUCGCGGCAGCUUUUGAGACCAAGCUUGGAAUCAGCUUGGUCUCAAAAGAGAGCAUCUCACUUUUUGCAUAACUACACCUGGUCUCGUUCCGAAGUGACCGCAGACCAUUCCUGAUAAGAAAUAUUCUCCAUAAAUUAUCAAAUAAUCAAAAGAUGUUCAAUUCAUCUUUAGCUGAAAGAUUUCUUCAUGACAAAGAGAAAAGUGAGAUGGUUUAUGUGGACUUCAAUCUAGAAAAAGCGCAAUUUGAUAACCGUGCGCAUUUUCCUGAUGUUAGAAAGAGAGCGCAAUUUCCUGUACAAAAUUUGAAAAAAGAGUGCGCAUUUUCCUUACGUGCGCACGAGAAAAGAGUGCGCGCAGCGCGCACUUUCCAGCAUGCCUAAAUUUUGGAAUAUUAAGCUAAUGGCUUCCGAAAAUUAUGAAAUCUUCUCUAUUUGAAGAAUAUGAAGUUGAAAAAACAUCAUAUAAAAUGUAUAGCAGCGAUCAUAAAAGGUAAAAACCCUAAAUUGCAUAUAACGGAAGAAAAACAGAAUAUAUUGUUCUGGUAGGUUGCCUCGCGUCCGAAAAUCAAUGAAAAUAUGAAAAAAACUUCAGAAUAAACAAAAAUUUGAGAAGAGCCUGGUAAAAAGAAUAAUUUUUUUAUACCUUGAAAAUUCCGCUUCAGAAAGUCGAAUAAUAGAUAGGAAUCAAAAUUUUAAAACCUUGGAGGGCGAAAAUUUUAAUAUAGUUCGAAAAACCAUCAAAAAACUAGAAAAAAUAAUGUAAUUUGAAUUAAUUAUAAAAUAAAACUUUAAACUGCCGUAUUCAAUUCAAUUUGACUCCAAAAUACACGAAACCGGUUUUGAACUACUUGAAAGUAACUGGAUAAUGACCCUACAAAAAACGUCAAAAAUUUUAUUAAUCAUUUAAAAAGUUAAUUGAAAACGCAUUUUUUUUUAUGAAUCCUUCAGUAAAUCUAUGGUUAGUGAGUCUGUUCCUAAGAAAACGGGUACUGCACAGAAAAAACUGUAUGCGGAUAUGCGCAUUGCGUGCAUACACUUUGCCUGUUUACACUUUCGUUGCGUGACGUCACCAGGUCGGACAUCCGCGGGGUUUUUUUUGUUUCCGAGUUUUUUUUUUCGAAUAUUUUUCAUUAUUUUUUCCUUUUUUUCAAGAUUUGCAUUUUUUUCUCGAUAUUUGCACUAUAAAAAAAGGUAUCAAGAGAAAAAAGUUGAAAAAAAUUGGAAAAAAAACAACUCGGAAACAAAACCCCCUGAUGUCCGACCCGGAGACGUCACGCAACGAAAGUGUAAACACGCAAAGUGUAUUCAUGCAAUGCGCAUAUCCGCAUACAGUACUCCCCGCAAAUGUAAAACUCGCUCUUGUCGUAGCACCAAAUUGUGGGCAUUUUCGGACCAAAUUUGGUUCGAAAGUCUUCGUUUUGAAUCAAUUUUUUUGCGUUUUCCGAACAAAUUUCUUUUUUUUUUACGAUGAAUACGCUUAAGAAGUAUUUUUAUUUUCAAUAUUGUUUUUAAAAAGAAACAAGAAGAAUUUAAACUUUUGGUUGAAUAUAAUUCAUUUCAGGUUGUUGGAAUAAUCAAGAGAAACUGGCGACAGUACUGCGGAAUUCUGCUGCCCAGUGUGAUCAAAGGCGCUCGACGGCACUUGUUCUGCCCCGCUGAAAGAUUGAUUCCGAGGAUUCGAAUCGAAACUGAGCAGGUUUGAGCAGGAAAUAAUGUGAGGAAAAUUAGUAAAAGUUCUGGUUUAAAAAAUUAAUCAUAGGAAAAAAAUAUUUUUUUCGGUAAGAAAAAAAAUCAAUAAAAACGUUUUAUUCAAAGUCGUAUGAUAGGAAACAAAUUUUUGAGCUUGAAUCUAAAGAAAAUCUUUUUUAAAAAAACUCUGUUUUUUCCGGAACUAUUGAUAAAAAGUGAAGUCUAGAUUUAUAAACAAAUUUUUUUGUCCGUUAAGAAAGACAUCAAAAAAAUCCCUCUUUUUCAAUGUUUUGUGAUAGGAAAUCAAGUUGUUGAGCCUAAAUCUGAAAAAAAUGUUUUCAAACUCUAGCUUUAUUCAAGUUAUUGAUAAAUUAUUUUACCAGUGUUUUCAAAAACACGAGCUUUUGAGAAUAUAUUGUGGUUUCGAGGUUUUUGGAGAAGUAAAUAUUUUACGAAAAAUAAGUAGAAGCCCAAAUUCAGGACUGAAGCUAUGAUCCGAAUUUCGGAAGGUAAAAUUUUUAAAAUUUUUUUAAGCUUAAGUUUUAAGAAAAUCUUCCAGAACUUUUUUCAAACUUUUUCCAACCAUUUUUGAAAAAUCAGCUUUACAUAAUUUAUAAGGGUUUCAAUAAAAAGAUCUUGAUAGGAAAAAGUGGAAAUAGCGGACGAAAAAGAAGAGAAGUUGCAGCGUUUCUGAUCAAGCCUUCAGUUUCCUGAAUUUAAAAAACUUUGUCCCAAAAAUUCAUUUUUUCAAAAAUUGAUCCAUUUUUAGGCUGAGGUUCUGGCUCAUCAAAGAAUAAUGGUCUCAAUUGAUCACUGGCCUCGAGAUUCCAAGUAUCCCUUGGGACACUAUGUCAGAACUAUUGGAGAACUUGGUGAUUCGGAAACAGAGAAUGAAGUUUUGAUUUUCGGAAAAAAUCAAGAAAAUUGGUUUUUUCUAAGGUUCUUCUAUUGGAGCAUGAUAUCCCGCAUGCGCCGUUCUCGGACGCCGUCAUGGCCUGUCUCCCUCAGGAAAAUUGGGUUCCGGACUUGCAGAAACCUCGUGUCGAUUUGCGACAUCUCACCAUUUGCUCUGUUCGUGCUUUUGAGACUUUGAAAAGUUGA